AUGUAUAUCUCAUUGAUCACAUCGAUUCUCGUGAUUUUUAUACUCGAACAAUGUCCAGUGUUUAGUAAUGAUGUCAAAUUAAACUCCAUGGAAGAAGAUCUCCUUUACUCAUAUUUGAAAACGCCAGCAAACGUACGAAUAUUUUAUGAAAAACUUCUUCAGUCGAAUGAUAUUGAUGAUAUCUCACGUCUUCAUGACGUUAUUACUCAGGAAAAUAUUAAACAACUCGAAGUCGAACAUAAAUGUUUUACAUCGUCAGAUGAUUUGUUGAAUGCAUUGAAUAUUAAAUCAAGAAAUGUGAAUGAUACUUUCAGUCGAAAUGAUAUACGCCGAUUGUUACCCGCUCUGGUUAAUGUUAAGUUUAAUGAUGGUUGUCAUAAGUCUGAAGGACGUGCAACAUGGAGAAACAUUCUCAUUGGAUUGAUGAUUGUAACGUUCAUUAAUUGUUCGGCUCUUUGUGGCGCUGUUAUCUUACCGUUUCGAAAUCGAGCUGCAUUCAAAUGGAUUCUCACAGGAUUUAUUGGUUUAGCUGUUGGCACUCUAACUGGAUCAGGGAUGUUUCAUUUGAUUCCUAUGGCAUUCAACAUUCCGGAUUUAGAUGUUCAUCAUAGUUAUCUGAAUAAAUCAUUGAUACCAAUCAUUAUUAUUUAUCUGUAUUACAUGCGAGAUCAACUGUUACGAAUUUUCCUCCAUGUCGAAACUAUCGUUUGCACACACACUCAUGAUGAGAAUGAAGUCCUUGCGAAGCCGAGUAGAUCGAUCAAUGGUUCAAAAUAUGAUUUAACUAACUCGGCGAAGAAAUCGGUAUUGGAAAUCCACAAUCCAAAUACUUUAGUUGGAAAUUUGAAAAAAAUGAAAGCAGCUGGUUGGAUGAUAAUUAUCGGCGAUAUGUUGCACAAUUUCAUCGAUGGUUUAACACUAGGUGCUGCAUUCAUGGUAUCGGUCGGUGAAGGCCUUCGAAUGUGUUUUCCGAUUAUAUGUGAAGAAUUUCCUCAUGAACUUGGUGACAUUGCUGUUUUGCUUAGUAGUGGGCUCACGAUAGGACAAGCAUUGUUAAUGAAUUUCCUGUCGGCAUGUAGCUGUUACCUUGGCUUUCUAAUUGGUGCGAAAUUAGGUGAACUGGAACAAUUUCAUCCAUGGGUCUAUGCAUUAGCAGGUGGAAUGUUCGUCUACAUCGGUCUUGCCGAUAUGAUACCAGAAUUGGUCUCUAUGGGUGAUGAAAUUGAAAAGGAUUAUCUUGCAUUAAAUCAACCGAUCACAAACGUUUUGAAAUUGAAAAUCUUACUAUGUCAGAACAGUGGCCUGAUAUUAGGUUUUAUUAUAAUGUUUAUACUGGGCAAAUAUGGUGGCGAUCUAGAAGGUUUAGUCAAAUUCUAA